AUGGCAGAGGCGCAGGAGCUACUGCUGCAGCUGCUGAAGGACAACCGCGACGGGCGCCUGCGGAAGCAGGAGCUGGAGGAGCUGGUGCGCGGGCUGGAGGCCGAGAGCGAUAGCCUCAAGGCGCGCCUGCACGACCUGAGCGAGCGCGAGCGCAGCCUGCAGCGGCGGCGGAGCCAGGCGGCGCGGGCCCUGCACGGGAAGGCGAGCGAGGCGGCGCGGGAGCGCGCAGACCGGGCGCGCCGGCUGCUGGAGGCUGCGGAGCAGCACAAGCAGGACCUGGAGCAACAAAACCGUCAGCUGCAGGAGCAGUGGGAGGAGCUGUCAAGCCAGCUCUUUUACUAUGGAGGAGAACAACUGAGUCAGCAGCGCGCAGAGCAGCAACCCGGGACCCAACUGGUGGCUUUGCAGAAACAACUGGAGCUGGUGGAGGCCAAGCACGCCAGGCAGGCGGAGGCCCUGCGGCAGAGCGCACAGCGGAUGGAGGAAGCCUGGGCCAGCUUCCAGGAGCAGAGCGGAGUCUUGCAGGAGCUGCAGGGGAAGGUGAUGGAGGCGGCGACUGCGCUGGACGCCUCGCAGGGCGGCCCGGAGCCGUGCGAGUCGCAGCCUCGCCGGGGGCAGGGAUGCGCGGGCUCGCUCAUGGAGGAGGUGGCCAAAGCGGACUGUGAGAAGCGGCUGUUCGGCGGCGCGGGCGCGGCGCUGGAGCUGUGGGCGCUGGGCGCGCUGCAGACGCUGCUGCUGCUCCUGCUGGGCGUCGUGGCGCUGCCGCUGCUCUACCUGGCGCUGGUGAACCCCUCGGCCCUCCGCCACAGGCUCAUGCGCCCCGGCUCGGACGCCGCCAUCCGUCGCCUGCGCUACACGCUGGCCCCGCUGCUGGAGCUGCGCGCGCGCGGACUGCUGCCCUCCUAG